AUGUGUACGGGACAAACGGUGUUAGUUUGCGUGGAACUAUCGCGGACGAUGCUAAAGCUGGCAUUUUUGAUGAAGAUCACAUUGACUUCAAUGCAAAUACGAGUAUUCAGCUUGGCUUACACUUUCCUAUAUGCGAAGGGAAACAGACGUUCAUUCUCUAUGUCGCUCAACGAUAUGAUGCGAAUGGGAAAACAGUUUUCUCCUCUCGAAUCAGGGCCAAGUAUAAUGUGCGAUGGAGGAAGCUCUUGUAGGACAUCAGCGGUGCUUAAUGUGGCCCCUUGA